CCGCCUACCCCUGGAGCGGAGCAGGCGGGCGAGUGAACCGUGGCUCACGUGCCUCUGAGGCUGCCGGGGCGGUUAGGGACUGCCUUGGAAUCCGUUUUGACCGGGACGGUGAUUCUUAAACUUGUCUGUGGGGGAAGAAUUUCUCGGAGGGGCUCGUUAAUUCAAGUUUUCGGGCUCUACCCUGAUACUGAAGCACAGGAUCUCGCGUGUCUUAGAGCUUUGCUUUUUACUAAGCUUUCCGAGGGGUUCUGACCUCCCCCCUAGCCGGCCGGUCACAGACGAUUUGGGUUUAAGUUCCAAAUGGACUUAGCAAACCAACGCGUCUCUGCCCUCCCCCAGGGACUUAUGGAGCCUCUGGGAUCGCCCAGUGGCCCGGCCUCUCGUCUCCAAUUGGCCCCUCGCUCUUCCCGCCUACGUAGGGAAAUCUUUUCUUCUGUUUGGUCGGCGGUGAGUCUGUGGCGAGACCUGACCCAAUGGGCACUUGAGUUCCCAGAACGUGACCCGGAAGUUGGUUCCGAGCAGGCGCCGAUAGCUGUUGACGCCUAACGCGCGCUGGGACUUCCGGCGUGGGAGCCAAGCGCCGAGUCCUGCGUGAGUCCGCCGAGAGGGGAAAAACGCGUCAUUCCGGUCCUGCUUUGGGGCGGUCCUGGCGGGGCGGGUCAGGGGUCGGCGCGGUGGCGCCCAGGACCUACUGAGGCCGACGGGCCGGAGCCAGCUGCGCCCGAGCUGGAUCUGGGUUUCCUGGCCGAGACUUGGCGCCGCGGGUCCCCUGGCUCUUGGGGACUCCGGCCAUCCUUGCACGGGGUCCGGAGCGAUUUCCUAGACGGGCGCAGCUGGUUUCGGGGCCGAGGCGCUCCCGGGGCCUGAAGAUGGCGUCGGGUCCGGGCUCCCAGGAUCGGGAAGGUCUUCUGAUAGUGAAACUGGAAGAGGACUGCGCCUGGAGCCAGGAGCUGCCCCCGCCAGACCCAGGUCCCAGCCCUGAGGCCUCCCACCUGCGCUUCAGACGGUUCCGCUUCCAAGAGGCCGCUGGGCCCCGGGAAGCACUCAGCCGGCUCCAGGAGCUUUGCCAUGGCUGGCUGCGGCCUGAGAUGCGUACCAAGGAGCAGAUCCUAGAGCUGCUGGUGCUGGAGCAGUUCCUGACCAUCCUGCCCCAGGAGAUCCAGAGCAGGGUGCAGGAGCUGCAUCCGGAGAGCGGCGAAGAAGCGGUGACCCUUGUGGAGGAUAUGCAGAAAGAGCUUGGGAGAUUGAGGCAACAGGUCACAAACCAUGGGCAGGGAACAGAAGUGCUUUUGGAGGAGACUUUGCCUCUGGAAACAGCACGAGAGUCACCGAGCUUCAAGCUGGAGCCAGUGGAGACUGAGCGAAGCCCUGGGCCCCAGCUGCAGGAGCUGCUAGGCCCCAGCCCCAAAAGGGACCCCCAAACUGUAAAGGAGAGGGCAUUAUCUGCUCCCUGGCUUUCUCUCUUUCCUCCUGAAGGAAACAUGGAAGACAAGGAGCUGACUGGGCCCCAGUUGCCUGAGAGCUUAGAGGACGUGGCUAUGUACAUCUCCCAGGAGGAGUGGGGGCAUCAGGAUCCUAGUAAGAGGGCCCUCUCCGGGGACACGGUGCAGGAGAGUUAUGAGAAUGUGGACUCACUGGAGUCUCAGGUUCCCAGUCAGGAGGCCCUGAGCGCCCAGGUGGAACAAGGAGGAAAGCCAUGGGAUCCCAAUGUCCAGGCUCGCAAGGAGGGCCUGAGCCCCAGAAGCCCAGCUGCAGGGGAAGAGAAAUUUGAGAACCUGGAAGACAGUGCUCAGUCCAGUUCCCCUGAGAGUGUCCACCCUCAGGCGCUGCAGCCUGGCCAGGCCAGAGGGGAGGUACCCUGGAGCCCGGAGCAGGGAAGGCCUCAGGACAGGGCGGAAGAGCCCUGGGAACCUCCCCCAGAGGAUCGGACGGAACAGACCUUAGUGGGGGCCACCAGUUGCAGAGAACUAGGGCGACCAAAGGAACUGCAGCCUAAGAAGCUCCACUUAUGUCCCUUGUGUGGCAAAAAUUUCUCUAACAACUCAAAUCUAAUUAGGCACCAGAGAAUCCAUGCAGCGGAAAGACUGUGUAUGGGGGUGGAGUGCGCAGAAAUCUUCGGUGGGAACCCACACUUGCUGUCACUACACAGAGCCCACUUGGGAGAGGAGGCCCAUAAGUGCCUGGAAUGUGGCAAAAGCUUCAGUCAGAACACCCACCUGACUCGCCACCGGCGCACCCACACAGGCGAGAAGCCCUAUCAGUGUAAUGUGUGUGGAAAAAGCUUCUCUUGCAACUCCAACCUCCACAGGCACCAGAGAACGCACACGGGCGAGAAGCCCUACAAGUGCCCUGAGUGCGGGGAGAUCUUCGCCCACAGUUCCAAUCUCCUCAGGCACCAAAGGAUUCACACAGGAGAGAGACCUUACAAGUGCACCGAGUGUGGGAAAAGUUUCUCUCGAAGUUCACACCUUGUCAUCCACGAGAGAACUCAUGAGAAAGAGAGGCUUUACCCCUUCUCUGAGUGUGGGGAAGCCACGAGUGACAAUACUCUCUUUCUUACAAAUCAGGGGACCCAUAAGGCAGAGAAAAAACUCUUUGAAUGUUUGACUUGUGGGAAAAGCUUCCGACAGGGCAUGCACCUGACCAGACAUCAGAGAACGCACACAGGGGAGAAACCCUAUAAAUGUAGCCUCUGCGGGGAAAACUUCUCUCACAGAUCCAACUUAAUCAGGCACCAGAGAAUUCACACGGGAGAGAAACCCUAUACCUGUCAUGAAUGUGGAGACAGUUUCUCUCACAGCUCCAAUCGGAUUCGUCAUCUGAGAACCCACACGGGAGAGAGACCCUAUAAAUGUUCUGAAUGUGGAGAAAGCUUUUCUCGGAGUUCACGCCUUAUGAGUCAUCAGAGAACUCACACUGGGUAGAAACAGUGGGGUUUUUUCUUGGCCCCCCUCCCCCCCAUAAGGUGGCAUAUUCAGAGGGUUUUGUUGUUAAGAGCUGGUAUUUCUCACCCAGCUGACCAGAUGAUGUGCAUUUUAAGGUAACUGGGGAGGGUCACUGUGAGGGAGGUGCAGAGGCAGGAAAUGAUUAGCACAAAACUGAAAAGGAAUUCCGAUUGAACUGGUGAGGACAGGCAAGUCUUUGAGGGGACCUGCUCAGGGUAGACUUUUCUCUGACGUUCUUCUUGUCCCAGGGCACACCUUCCCCCUCAGUAUAUUAAGCCAGCUUUCGACUUGGGUGCCCUACUGUGUCCAGUAUCCCAACAACUAGGGGAGUCCGUGGACUUUCUGUUGCUGCUUCCUCACUUGGGACACUCGGCAGGAGCAUUUGGGCUCCUGGGGCCCUUGAGACCAAAGAAGUCUCCUGGGAAGCCAGCUGGAGGCACCAAAAGACUGGUAGUGAGUUGCAGCUCUCCUGAAGGCCUGGCUGGGAAGCCAUAGGCCGCCCAGGGCAGCCAGCACCGCCCCCUCAGUGGCUUGACAGUAGGGCUCGUUGGCAGGUCAUGCAUGUAAAUUUCAUGUCAAACAAAAAGGAACCAGAGACCAGGUCAGCCCAGGAGUUGGCAGAGGAAAACAGUCUGAGUUAAUGUACGCUUUACAGAGAUUGAGUCUUCAGAGGGUUCCAUGAAAGAUGGUUUCCCUGGGAGACUUUGAAAAUGUGGAUCCUGGUAAAAUUCGGGAUCAUGCCUUGCCCUGUUGAAAAUAGGUUUCAAUGGUAAUAAAUAUCUUCAGGAAACAUGAA